AAGGGCCUUGAAAUACAAAAGAGGGUGUGGCACUUUGCUUUAGUUUGUUUACUGAACGGCAGAACUGAGACAGAGAAAACUCAAGUCUGUAUAUAAGCUUCAAUAUAAUUAUAAUGGCUACUGAACAAGACUCAGAUGCUCAAAAGAAGCUAGCCGAGGACUUAUGGAAGGCUGUAGGUAAUUAUGAUGUCAUCAAACUGCGGUCCCUGUUGGGACAGGGGGCAGACCCCAACCACCAGCUCUACUGGAGUGACGAGUGGGGGUAUGAGCUGCCUCCAUUACACAGGGCUUGCUGGUGGGGCUACCUUGAGAUUGUGAAGACACUUGUUACUCAUGGAGCUCAUACUGAAGAUGUGAGGGAUGAUGAGGGACGGUCACCACUGGACAUAACUCUGGAAGAUUUGUAUGAUGUUUCAAGUGUUGGUUGUAUGGGUGUUGCCCUCUACCUGAUGAGCCGUGGCUGUGGUAGUGAUGAGGACAAAUCCAAGUUACUGUGUGCAGCAUGUUACCAUGGCAACCUGAGUGUGGUGAAGGAUCUGGUUGAGCUGCACAAAGUUGACCCCAAGAAUGUGAGGGAUGAUGAGGGACAGUCACCACUGGACAAAGCUCUGAGAGGUCUGUAUCCUGAUAAUUAUGGUGAUAAUUAUGAAUGUGUGGAUGUUGCCCUCUACCUGAUGAGCCGUGGCUGUGCAUGUGGUGAUGAAAACAAAGCCAAGUUACUGUUGGCAGCAUGUCUCCAUGGCAACCUGGAUGUGGUGAAAGAACUAGUUGAGCAACACAAAGUUGACCCCAGUGUGAGGGAUGAUGACAAUAGCUGGACCCCUCUCCACAAUGCAUGCCGUAGGGGACACAAAGAUGUGGUGCAGUACUUGGUGGAGAAGGCCAACUGUGAUAUCAGUGUAACUACCGAUGAUGACGAGACGACUCCUCUUGACUUUGCUACACGGUAUGGUCACACUGAAAUUGCUGACUACCUCAAGUCUCUACCACAACAAUCUGCUGUGACUGGAGACACUGACUCCAGGAGUGUCAAGAAUGGACCACCACCAACAGAGAAACAAAAAGUGACCUCUGACCCUCUCUCCGGUCAACAGACACCCAAUGCUGGCAAUGAACAACCAGAAACAACUGAUACUCCAAACGGUUCCACACAACUUUCAACGGAUGACCAAACCUUGUCAAGCACUCCAUUGACUGAGGAAGACUCUGAUGCUCUAGAAAAGCUGCUCCUAGACAACAAAAUCUCUUUGACUGGUGAAAGGACAUAUGAGACAGUAGUCCACCACCUCCAUGAGCUCGGAUAUGGGGAGAUAGCAGCCAACCUAAGAGCGAACCUGGACAAAGUGAUUGGAGAGCAAAAGCGAUAUCUGAAGAAAUUGGACAAUCUGAUGACUGACAAAGACACUAUCUCCAUGCAGUACCUCCGCCUCCUUCUUGUCGGGCCACCAUUCGUGGGUAAAACAACAACUCUUGGCCGUUUACUGAAAGAUAUCGAAAAUAUUAGUUCUGCUGGAGACAAGGCAAAGCUACGCAGUACGCUACUCACCAAUUGCCAUCAAGUGGUCGCCUACAUGAAUAAAGAUGCCACAGAAUGGGUUUGUUCCAAGGACGUGGAGGAGGAAGCAAGGAUCCUCUUUGGCUACAUGUACAGUAGCAAGGUCGAUGAAGUUCCGAGUGCCCCAACUGAGAAAAAGUCAAAAACUGUCCCCGAAAGCGAAAAGCACACAAGCACACCCAAGCCACUUUCUCUUGAAAAGCCUCGGUCAAAGCCUCAAGAAAAAACACGCACUGAAAUACAAGAGAAUGCUCACCAACAGAACAGGCUCAUACCCAUCAAAGCUAGAUUACAAAAACUGAUAAAGAAUGGAAACUAUUCCGAAAUGGCCAAAUGUCUCGGCAACACCUUGCUAAACAUUAACGAUGUUGGAGGACAACCUGCCUUCCUAGAAAUGCUACCAGCCCUAUGUAAUGGUCCUGCCAUGUAUCUAGUGUUCUUGGAUCUCAGCAAGGAACUUGACGAACCCUACGAUAUUCCCUUCAGUCGUGACAACACAGUCAUUACUCCAUUCAAAGCUGUUCACACAGUGGAAGCCACAGUCUCUCAAAUCCUCUCAGCAGUUGCCAGUAUCCAUCACGUCUCUCGAGAAGAUGCCAAGUACAAAACCACCUCCAAAUUGAGCGAGAAGUUUGAAAAGUUCCAACAAGUUCGUCCAGUAGCAGCUUUGAUCGGUACUCACGUGGACAAGUUGGAGAAUCCGAAAGAGAAAAUCAAGCAGGUCAACGAUGCUCUGAAAGCAACCACUCAAAAGUUUGCCGAGAUCCUGGUAUCACCUCCGCCAGAUUCUGAAUCUUCCUUUUUUGCCGUGGACAACUUUGCUGGAACUGAACAGUCUGACAUUGCCCCGAUUCGUGAUUUUCUGAGCGAUGUUUUCGCGUCUCAUUUCAAGGAUGCAUCCUUGCCCAUCAAACCAAAAUGGCUCCUACUGGGCACACUACUGCGGAUGGAGUACUCAAUUGUGUCGAUGGAAGACUGUCUGGAAAUAGGGAGAUUGUUGGAAAUGGAUGAAGAAGAUACCAAAUUCUGUCUUUGGUAUCUACAGAAGAUUGGAUCCAUACUCCAUUACGAGAACGUACCCAAUGAUAUCGAUGGCUGGCUAAGCAACCACAUGUUCUGCACCCCUGAAGUGAUCUUCACUAGCAUCAGCCAACUGAUCCUUGCUGCUUUACGCAUCCUCCAUUCUGAAGGCCACGUCACUGAAUUUGAGCGAGCGGAGUUGGUCAAGAUGGGGCAGUUUUCACUGAAGGCCAUUAUCAAGUACUGUAAUGGUCCUGAUGUUGCAAAGAUGCUCAAGAAAGGAGAGAUUAUCCCAGCCAAGCAUCUCAUCAUACUGCUGCAAUAUCUCAACCUUCUUUCUGAAAUCGUUCACAAAGAUGCCAAUGAUCCGAAGGUCACUCGAAUCACCUACCUCAUGCCAGCUAUUUUGGACUGUGCUUCACAAGACGAGCUAACCAACCCACCUCAACCAGAUACCAACAACCCAGAACCACUCUACAUCACAUUCAGCUUUGGUUACGUACCAACAGGAGUCUUCUGUGGGCUCAUCACUCGACUAGUUUCCCAAGGCCCUCAUGGAAUUCUCGGAUUGACGUGGGAAUUGGUGGAAGAUGGCGUCAAACGAAAUUGUGUAUCGUUUUCUGUCGAUGAUGUUCAUACGGUUACACUACUCUCCCACGAAAAGAGCUACGAAAUUCGAAUCUCUCGAGACGACCCUGAUACCUCUCUUCAUGACAUCUGUGGAUAUGUGCUGUCAGCAAUCCUCUACACUCUCAAGUGCCUGUUCCAGCAUCUGGUGAUGCAUAUUGCAUUCCAAUGUCCCUGUUCCAAGGAUUGUACUGAACGCAGCGUCAACCAUCUGUGUGCUCUCUCUAGCAAAUCACGAAUCAGGUUUAUCUGUGAGGCUUCCAAGAAAGCAGUUAGUCUCAAAUCAGAACAACAAGUAUGGCUGGGAAAACACGUGUGUCUAGGAAGCACGACGGAACUAGAGGUGCUAAAGUUUGCUGAAUAUGGUUUCUCCUUCCACUGGAGCAAAGAGGGCUCCAGACGUCAGAUCAAGACAACUGAUGAUCAGCCCAACACUGUGAGCUUCCCAUGCAUGAGAGAGGAGGACUUUGGUCACUACCAGUGUGAGGUGAAGGAUGCAGCUGCUGGGAAAGUGCUCCUCACUCUCUACACAGCUCUCUACAAAGAGGAUACAAGUAAUGCAGUGACUCCACUAGCCACUUCACACACAACCACUCAGUCAGUUCAACAACGUGAGACGACAGCGACUGCAGCUCAGUUGAGUCAAGAGUGCUCGGAUGAAGCUCUUCUCCAGUUGUCUACCGAGAUAGCUGGCUAUGACAAAUACAAGCACAGGCUGGGCCUUAGUGAUGCUGAGAUUGAGAAUAUCGAUCAAACCAUUGAUAAUAUCCCAGGGAGAUUUCACGCUGCUCUAAAGAAGUGGAAGAGUAAAAGCAUCAUUUUCGAUAAUCCAUCAAAAUCGUCAGCUACUUACGGUCGAUUAGUGGAAAUUGCCUCAGAGAUUGAGGACGGAGAGGCAGUUCGCAGCAUUCACAAGGCCUGUGUCAAGGAUACACUUCAACCAAAUCAGACGAUAGUGACAGCGACUGCAGCUCAGUUGAGUCAAGAGUGCUCGAAUGAAGCUCUUCUCCAGUUGUCUACCGAGAUUGCUGGCUAUGACAGAUACAAGCACAGGCUGGGCCUCAGUGAUGCUGAGAUUGGUGCUAUCGAUCACACAUUUGUUGGUAUUCCAGGGAAAUUCCUCGCUGCUCUAAAGAAGUGGAAGAGUAAAAAUAUUCUCCAAUUAAAUCCAUCGAAUUCAACAGCUACUUACGGUCGAUUAGUGAAAAUUGCUACAAAGAUUGAGGACGGAGAGGCAGUUCGCAGCAUUCACAAGGCCUGUGUGGAGCAUACAUGACUGGAGGUCAUGGAUCAGUCAACACCAUCAGACACUACCAACACUAUAGAACCAUAAGCACAUUUGCACAUUAUUUUGUUUUGUUUGACGCUUAUUGUGGUAAUGAAUAAAGUGGCAUGAGUUUUUUUUUUACUGACAAUGUUCUUGGUAUGGAUCUUUCAA